AACCAUGUCGAUGUAUGGCAAAGACAAGGCGUAUAUCGAGAAUGAGACAAAGUUUCGAGCAGACAGAGAUUACUUGAGCCAGCCUGUCUAUCAACAAACUGUCUAUCGAGAAGGCCCAAUUUUGAAACCAGAUGUAGAGGUUUCAGUGGUAGACGUUGAACCCGUCGAGUGUACUCCUCACAUGUGGGGUCAUCCGAUGGGACUUUUGAGGUGGUUCCAAUUGCUCAUGUUUUUUGUGCUUCAAUGGCUGGUGCAGAUCACUUGCGGAGGGGAUGCAUGCACCAUGAUUAUGAAUGUUUUUGGAUAUACUGCCAUGGGGCAGCUCUUUGUGCUGGUAAUAUUCCUUGGACUAUCUAUGUUUUGUGGUGUCAUCAUCCUUCUUUUCGCUCUUAACGCUCAUCGUUGCAUUCCAUCCAUCAUCAUCGCACUGGAGAAGGUAUAUGCGAUCCUUGGAAUUGUGUUCAUGUUUAUCGCUGGAAUCUUGGGAACCUGGAUGGCAGUUUUGGCAAACGACAGGGAAGUAAACUAUCAGGGAAGAGGACGAGGUCACAUUCAAGGACAAUGGAUUGCUGCCGCGGUACUCGAGUUCCUGAUGGUCAUUGUCUACAUCUUUGAUUUCAUCCUGCAGCGCCGUGAAAACUAUCCCUUCACUGGAAAGGAAUACAAAACCGUCCCGUCACAGCAAACGGGACCGGGCUCGAUGCGUUCGACAACGACCAAUACAAAGCGAUCUACUGAUUUCAUUUUCCAAGAAACUUUCUAAUUCUGACCGUCUUCUUCUUUCAAAAAAAAAAAACGUUGUAAUGUGCAAUUUUGAUUUCUCUUUCUUUCAUCAUUAUUACUAAAUGUUUCCUGUAUU